GUUUUAAAUGUCAAAACGUUUUGUUUGUGUCUUUGAGUGAGAAAAUGGUUUUAAAGUAACACUCAAUUCAGUGAUAAUCACAUCAAUUGGUUCAGUCAUGACAUCGCCGGUAAUACUAACGAAAGCAGUGAUAGAUGAUUGCGAUUUAUACGCAAAUACUUUCUUCAAAAGACACAGAAAUGAAUCCAUUUGUACGGAGAGUCACAGCGAUUCCAACGAUGAGAUAGCGAUGGCUGUCGAUGACCACUGUCGAGAAGAACACCAUUUAAUGAAGUCUUUAGGACUUCCGACACAAUUCUACUCAAAUCGUGUAUUGAAUAAGAGGUCCAAGAAGUCGACGGUUAAGACCAAAACCACUGCUAAGCAGAAGAAGUCAAAAGACGUGAUCGCUUUGACGAAGAAGUUGUCGCAAUUGUGUCGACCAGAAAGCGAUGAUAUGGUGAAGAAUCAAGUGAUGACAGCGGAUGACGAGUCAAGUGAUGAUUACGGAUGGUUUCAGACCAAUCUUAAAGGGACUCAAGCGGUCGACUGGAGUGCCUUAAAGCGAGAGCAUCUGUGGAUAGAUUUGAACGAUUCAGACGAUGAACAGCAGUCAUCACAAGACAAGACACGGCCUGAAGACAAGGAUGACGAACAGACCAAUACUACUGACGCUAAUAAUGAGAGUUUUAGAUCCACUUCUGGGGCUAAGCGUCUAAUUAUAAAGUCGUUCGUCAAUGACGGCAGUGAUAGCGAUGACGACCCGCCAGAGGAGAGAUACACUCUCAUCAAGAGAGCCCAUGAAUCAGAUGCAAUGGAUUUAAAUGAAGAGCCGGUCGCACAGAAAUGUGCGGUCAAUUUGGAGGCAUUCACUGUGUCUGAGAAAGGGGUCAACUAUAAGAAACCAAAGUCCAAGUAUUGGCACCAAAGAUAUCGCCUCUUCUCGCGCUUCGAUGAAGGGAUUCGUAUGGACUCCGAGUCCUGGUAUUCGGUGACACCGGAGCGCAUCGCUGAACACAUCGCCCAACGAUUUUCGCUCAAUAAUCACAACUACAUUAUAAUCGACGCCUUCUGUGGCUCCGGUGGUAAUACCAUUCAGUUUGCGCUCAUUUCAGAUGCCGUUAAAGUCAUAGCCAUAGACAUCGAUGCCGUGAAGAUCCAUAACGCCAAACAUAACGCUCUCAUCUAUGGUGUCGAUCACAGGAUUGAAUUCAUUUGCGGAGAUUUCAUGGUUUUGGCCAAAUCUGGCGCUCUCUUUGGCGACGCCGUGUUCCUGAGCCCUCCCUGGGGUGGCCCCAAAUAUUUGAGUUUAGAUGUCUAUACACUUGGUAUGAUGUCUCCCAGUGGUGCCGAUGUGUAUAAUGUGACCAAAGAUCACAUCAGUGCCAACAUCGGUAUACUUUUGCCACGAAAUAUAGACACCAAAGGUGUUGAACAGUUGGCUGGCGUUGGGAACAGAGUUGAGAUCGAAGACAACCUGAUGAACGGGAAAAUAAAAACAAAAACCGCAUAUUUUGGUGAUUUGAUUAUUGAUAAGUCAUAGAUCUGAAAAUGAAUUAUUUUUAUUUCCACAUACCGUAC